AUGGCAAAGAAAAUCGUCAUUAUUGGCACCGGGUUUGCCGGUGUCUGGAGUGCCCUUUCAGCCAAGCGUCUAAUCAAUCUAAAGAAAAAAAACAACGACGUUCAGGUUUUCGUCAUCUCUCCUGAGCCAUCCUUGGUAAUUCGCCCACGACUCUACGAAGCCAAUGCUUCCAGCAUGACCCAUUCUCUCGCGCCGAUUUUCGAAAGCGUGGGAAUCAAGUUCAUCCAAGGCACCGUGAACACCAUCACUGCAGAGGCAAACACUGUUACCAUCCAUUCUGCCUCUGGUCUCGAAUCAAGCAUCGGCUACGACCGCCUCAUCCUAGCAGCUGGAAGCUCAGUCGUACGACCUCGCGGCAUUACCGGGAUUGAGCAACACGCUUUCGAUAUUGACUCCCUGGAAUCCGCCACCAAGCUCGAGACCCACGUCGAGGAUCUUGCCUCGCUUCCUGCAGGCCCUGCUCGCGAUACCAUCGUCGUGUGCGGCGCUGGCUUCACAGGCAUCGAGCUUGCAACCGAGUUGCCUAAACGCCUCGUCCACAUCCCCAAUUAUCGCGUUGUGUUGGUUGAAAAUGCCGAGCAGGUUGGCCCUGAGCUUGGACCCGGCCCUCGUCCUAUCAUCAUCCAGGCUUUGAAGGAUCUCGGUAUUGAAGUUAAGCUCGGAUCUGCUGUCGCGGCAGUUGACGCGGAUGGUGUGACCCUCGAAUCCGGAGAGCGCAUUGAUACCAGGACUGCCAUUUGGACUGCUGGCGUGAGGGCGACUCCCCUUACACAACAAAUUGCCGGUCCUAAAGACGGCCUCUGUCGCCUCCAGGUCGACCAACAUCUUCGCGUUUCGUCGUCUAGGGACAUUUUUGCUACUGGUGAUGCCGCUGCUGCUUUUGCCGAUACCAAUGGUCGCUAUGCCUUGAUGUCUUGUCAGCAUGCUCUUCAGCUUGGCCGUGUGUCAGGUCACAAUGCCGCAGCUGACCUUCUCGACGAGCCAUUGAUACCUUACUCGCAGGCUGCAUACAACUGCUGUCUGGAUCUCGGCUCCUACGGCGCGGUGAUAUGUGGAUGCUGGAAAAGACAGAUCAAGCUGACGGGAGAUUUGGCAAAGCGGGUCAAGUGCUUUAUCAAUCAGAAACUGAUCUAUCCCCCGUGUGAUGCCCAAGAGGCAUUGACCGCAGCCAACCCCAUUGGGCCGGAUUCGGAUCAGCUAUUUGAGCAGAUACUUCAAGCGGUGAGGUAG